AUUCUCUCUCUUUCUCUCUCUCCCUGUGUCUGUGGCCCAAUGGAAUUGAAAAAAAGGAAAAGAAUAAUAUCUAUACUUCUCUUGCACUGCUUCUCUAUGAAGUCAUUACCUCUUUUACUAUAAAGAACAUUCUUCUGCUCCUUUUUUUCAACUUAAUCUUAUCUGGGUUUGCUUCACCUUCAAUGUUCUUUUGCUUUUUUAUUUUUCGUUCCUACUAUAUCGAACCAGAUCCUGCCAUCGUCUGAGCCAAGCCGAGUUAGCUGCUAAUUUUGAAGGAAAAAAGGGGCAAGAAGGUGAAUUUUCUCUUCAACCCAGUGCUAAGCUAGAAGAACUUAGUUAAAAGACUGGAGCUUUUGGUGUUUGUAUCUAAUUUUGGAAGUUGUUACUGGGUUCUGUUUGAAGUGUCCUUGUCGUUUUUGUUUGGUUUUAUCUGGGUGUCUGAGUUUGAGUCAAAGGGUGUCAAAUCAUGGAGAUAAGUUUGCCAAAUUGUUGAAUUUUGGGGAUAGUAUGAUAAAAAUCAAAAUUAGUGUUUCUCAUUUGAUGCUUUUUGACUAAUGCAUUGGGGUUUGUGUAAUCUAUAUAUGGGAGUGGGUGUUUGUAUCUGAGAUUAAUACAAGUGGGUCUGUUUUGUUGUUCACUGGUUUAAAAUGGAUUUUUUGCAUCUGGGCUUUCUUCCCUGAUGGUGCGACGCUUGUCUCUUUGAUGGAUUGGGUUCUGCUUUGAGAGAGCCUCUGAAGUCUAGAAACAGCUGGGUUUGAUUGGACUUGUUUUUAAUAUCAUUAAUUUUUCUUCAAGUUAUGAUCAAACAAAUAUUUGGUAGGCUUCCCCGGAAGCCAUCUAAGUCGGGUGAUAAUCGUGAAUUCGCUGGAUCAUCUGACCCUUCAUCAAAUACUUCCAUCAAUUCGAGAAACAAUGACCUAAUCUCGAAUAGUGCAACGCUUUCAGGCCCUGACUUUGCUCCAAAUUCAGGAUAUAGUUAUGGAAGUAAAAUUCCCCAAGUUGUUAAUCCAAAACUCAAUGGUAAUCUGGUAAAUGGUCCUUAUGAAGCUUUGCCAGGAUUCAGGGAUGUCCCCGGCUCUGAGAAGCAGAACUUGUUUAUCAAAAAGCUGAACUUGUGCUGUGUUGUCUUUGACUUCACCGAUCCAACAAAGAACCUGAAAGAAAAGGACAUCAAGCGGCAGACGUUGCUUGAGCUGGUGGAUUAUGUUACUUCUGCAAAUGGGAAGUUUACUGAAACUGUUAUGCUAGAGGCUAUAAAGAUGGUGUCUGUGAACUUAUUUAGGUCAUUUACUCCACAGCCCCGUGAGAACAAGGUUUUAGAGGCUUUUGAUUUGGAAGAGGAGGAGCCUUCAAUGGACCCUGCAUGGCCUCACUUGCAAAUUGUGUACGAAUUUCUUCUGAGGUUCGUUGCAUCUCCUGAGACGGAUGCAAAGUUGGCCAAGAGGUACAUUGAUCACUCUUUUGUUCUAAAGUUGCUAGAUCUCUUUGAUUCUGAGGAUCCCAGAGAGAGGGAGUAUCUGAAAACAAUUCUACAUCGCAUCUACGGGAAGUUUAUGGUGCAUCGCCCAUUUAUUAGGAAAGCAAUCAACAACAUCUUCUUCCAUUUUAUUUUUGAAACAGAGAAGCACAAUGGGAUUGCUGAGCUUUUAGAAGUUUUGGGCAGUAUAAUCAAUGGGUUUGCUCUGCCACUAAAAGAAGAACACAAGUUAUUCCUUGUUCGGGCUCUAAUCCCUCUUCACAAACCAAGAUGCUUACCAAUGUACCAUCAGCAGUUAUCGUACUGCAUUACGCAAUUUGUGGAAAAAGACUGCAAGCUUGCUGACACAGUCAUAAGGGGUUUACUGAAGUAUUGGCCAAUCACAAAUAGUUCAAAGGAAGUCAUGUUUCUAAGUGAGCUGGAGGAAGUUUUAGAAGCAACUCAGCCAGCAGAAUUUCAAAGGUGUAUGGUACCCCUGUUCCGGCAAAUUGCCCGUUGCUUGAGUAGCUCACAUUUUCAGGUGGCAGAGAGAGCUUUGUACUUGUGGAACAAUGACCACAUUGAAAACUUAAUCAGACAAAACCGUAAAGUUAUACUACCAAUUAUCUUCCCUGCUCUGGAGAAAAAUGGUCGUAACCACUGGAAUCAGGUGGUUCAAAGCUUGACGAUUAAUGUCCGCAAGAUCUUCUCUGAUGUUGAUCCUGAGCUAUUUGAGGAAUGCUUGCGCCAGUUCCAGGAAGAUGAAGCGAAAGUGGAGGAGAUCAAAACAAAACAGGAGGUGAUAUGGAAGCGUUUAGAAGAGAUUGCUGCAUCCAAAGCUGCAAGUAGUGAAGCACUUCUCAAUCCGCACACGAUAACCACCGAAACAUCUUUGAACUAAUGUGAAGGUCUCAAUUUUUUUGGUUAAUAGGAGCAUUAUGCACAUGGAUGGUUGUCUAAACUUGUAGCUGCUCAUGCCGCUUUCAGGGCUGUUAGUGCCACAAAGAUCAAUUGCACAUGACACCUCUAUGCAGCACUGAAGUUUGUAAUCUGGAAUUCACACAGAUACUGUAUACGGGGAUACACUGCAAAAUUAAGUCGGAAGCUCCACUCCACGUAUGUGAGAAAGAAGACAUAGGUGAUAUUUAUGGCCUUUUCCUUGAUAUUUAAAUUGUUGAGAUGAGGAAGUUGCAGAUCAAAGGUAAUUUACACACCUGGACUUGAUUUCAAUGAGUUCUGAAAUACUUAUUGAACUAAAUUUCAUUUGUGCAUGUGUAUGUAUUAAUAUUAUUUAUUGAUUGAUCUUAGAGGACCCUUUUUUCAGUGUGAAUUGUUGAUUACAUAGAUGUUGAUAUAUUUAAGUGAUCUCAAUUGGAAGAAACCUUUGUAUUUUUA